AUGAAAUCCGCCUUCUCCUUGUUCUCUGAAACCUUCGGAUUCUGCUCUCAUAUGGUGGAGAAAGUGCGCUUGAGGGAGCUUCUCACGAAAUCUUCCGCGCUUGUUCGCUCUGCUCCUCCGUCCGCGUUUCGAUUGACGCCGGAAAGUGGUCGAAAACUCGGAUUCACCACUCUGCGUGACUUCCUUCUGGCGACGGAAUAA